AUGUCCAAAAGAACUCAAGAUAUCGAAAAGGAUGACCAUGGAAAGACUCUGGAGAUCAAAAAGAGUUGCUUUCCUGCUAACUCCGUUUUGCUGGACGUAACGAACGUGGCGUCCAACGAGGCCAACAGCAGCAGCAGCGCCGCUGGAGGAGCCAGCGGGAGCAGCGCUGAGUCGGCCGCCCUGUUCUCCAAACUGCGUAGCUUCUCGAUUGGCAGCGGUCCCAACUCGCCGCAGCGCGUUGUCUCCAACUUGCGCGGCUUUCUCAGCCAUCGCCUGAGCAACAUCACACCGAGCGACACAGGAUGGAAAGACUCUAUACUAUCCAUACCAAAGAAAUGGCUUUCCACCGCGGAGUCUGUAGACGAAUUCGGUUUCCCUGACACUCUACCAAAGAUACCUGUCCCACCGCUGGAGCAAACCAUGGCGGACUAUGUGCUCGCCCUGGAGCCCAUCACUACGGCCGCUCAGCUGGAUAGAACCAAGGCCAUCAUCAAGCAGUUCGUGUCGCCACAGGGCCUGGGACCUCGACUGCAUCAGUACCUUGUGGAUAAGCGCGAGGCCGAGGAUAAUUGGGCCUACUACUACUGGCUCAAUGACAUGUACAUGAACGUGCGCAUUCCCUUGCCGAUCAACUCGAAUCCUGGCACCGUGUUUCCGCCGCGCCACUUCAAGACCGUGCACGACGUGGCCCACUUUGCGGCACGGCUGCUGGACGGCCUGGUCGUGCACAAGGAGAUGCUGGAGAGUGGACAGCUGCCGCAGGAGCGGGCUGCCUCCAGGGAGAAGAACCAGCCGCUGUGCAUGGCGCAGUACUAUCGUCUCUUGGGCUCGUGUCGUCGCCCGGGCGUGGAGCGCGACUCUCAGUACUUGCCCAGCCGGGUGAAGCCAAUCGACAGCGAUGAGGAUCGCCAUGUGGUGGUCAUUUGCCGCAACCAGAUGUACUGUGUGGUGCUGCAGGCCAGCGAUCGUGGCAAGCUCACCGAGAGUGAGAUCGCCUCCCAGAUACUCUACGUGCUGAGCGAUGCGCCCUGCCUGCCGGGCAAGCCGCUGCCCAUUGGGCUGCUGACAGCCGAGCCACGUGCUCAGUGGGCUGUGGAUCGCGAGGCUCUGCAGUUGGAUGAGCGCAACCAACGGAACCUGGAGCUGAUCGAAACGGCGCUGGUGGUGCUAUGCUUGGAUGAGCCACUGCAUAGCAAUUUCAAUGCUCGCGGCUUCACCGGGGCCACGCCCAGCGUUCACAUCGCUGGCGAUCGAGAUGAGACGAACAUGGCUCACGAGAUGCUACACGGCGGCGGCAGCGAAUUCAACUCGGCCAAUCGUUGGUUCGACAAGACCAUGCAGCUCAUCAUCUGCACCGAUGGCAGCUGGGGCCUCUGCUACGAGCACUCAACUUCCGAGGGCAUCGCUGUGGUCCAGCUGCUGGAGAAGAUAUAUAAGGCGAUCGAAGAGCAUCCGUUGGAGGACAACGGCCUGCCCCAGCACCAUUUGCCGCCUCCGGAGCGCCUCGAGUGGCAUGUGAACGACAAGGUGCAGCAGCGUUUCGCCCAGGCUGCCAUCUCAGUGGACAGGGCCAUUGACAAUCUAGAUUUCUAUGUCUAUCGCUACAAGGGCUACGGCAAGAACUUUGUCAAAUCCUGCCAGGUUAGCCCGGAUGUCUACAUACAGCUUGCCCUGCAGCUCGCCUACUACAAACUUUAUGGCCAUUUGGUGGCCACCUACGAGAGUGCUUCCACCAGGCGCUUCCUGCACGGCCGUGUGGAUUGUAUACGGGCUGCCAGCACGGAGGCCUUGGAGUGGGCCAAGGCCAUGUGUCAGGGCGAGGGUGCCAAUGUUCCCUUGGAGAGCGACCGCGAGGAGGACGAAGAGGAUGCUCGCAAAGUCAAAUUCAGCAUUUAUAGCAAGGAUCAUCUGCGUGAGCUGUUCCGCUGCGCCGUUGCUCGCCAGACGGAGGUGAUGGUCAAGAAUAUACUCGGCAAUGGCAUCGAUAUACCACUGCUGGGACUGCGUGAGGCUUCUGUGGAGGUCACUGGGGAGAUGCACGAACUCUUCACGGACGAGUCUUACAAGAUAUCGCAAUGCUUUUUGCUCUCCACCAGUCAGGUCGCGUUCACCACGGACAGCUUCAUGGGCUAUGGCCCAGUUACGCCUCGUGGCUACGGCUGCUCCUAUAAUCCGCACCCCGAUCAAAUUGUCUUCUGCGUGUCCGCAUUCUACGGCUGCGAGGACACGAGCGCCUCUCGCUAUGCCAAAUCGCUGCAAGACUCGCUCGACAUCAUGCGCGAUCUUCUCCAGAACUAAAUGCAAUAUGAAUAGAGGAACAUGGAACAUGGAAUGAAAAUUGGCAAAUGGAAUGAAGGAAAAGGAACAUGAAAAUGGAAAAGUGGAAUAUGGAACGAAUGAAACUGAAACAAAAUAAUGAAGCUAUUAGAUGUUUUACAGAUCUAAAUGGUAGAGAUGAAACUUAGAAAAUGGAACGUGGAACGUGGAACGUGGACCAUGGAUCAAGGAAUGAAUAGAAAAAAACCCAGGCAUAUCAGAUACCACAUCCGCUUCAGAACUAAAUGGAAAAUUAAAUAUGCAACGGACGAAAAUGAAACACAACAAAACAAACAUAUCAGUAACUGUACCUUAGCAAACAAUUUGUCCAAAACAAAUAUAUCCGCAAGGAAGCCCCUAACUAUACAAUAACGACAAAGCAAGAAGAAGAACCACAAUGGGUUUCGGUUAGCCGACUAUUAAAUACCCUUGCAGAUGGAAAAGAAAUAGGCGAAAUAGGCCCGCCGUAAGGUGACAUCAAUUUGAUGUAUUGAUGUAGUUCAUAUUGGAGCUAUAAGUUAAAGGUUUUCAAAGGCUUCACUCACGAAUUGAACCCAAUCCUAUCCGACUAAGCACAGCAGAAGUAGAAAAAGACAGAGAGUUACAUGCAAGUAUCGACCAUGAUUCGAGUUCUCUGCAAGGGUAUCAAAAAUAACCUAUAUAUGUGUAAACAGUAGUUAACUAGCGUCCACUUGAC